AUGAGUCGAGACCGGCAUCGACAAGAUGAUCGAACUAGUAGUAAAUCAUCACGUAAUCAUGACUAUUUAAUUAAACUCCGUGGGAUUCCAUAUUCAUCAACUAAAGAUGAUAUUAAAAAGUUUCUACAUCCAUGCCGUAUUGACACUAUUCAUUUGUUCAACAAUCGUGGCAGUUCAUCGGACGAAUGCUUAGUUGAUCUCGAAUUAGAAGCAGAUGUCAAAGAUGCUUUGAAAAAAUCAAAUCAGCUUAUGGGAAAUAGAUACAUUGAAAUCUUGCAAGCAACUGUUUAUGAAUACAAUUUUUUUGUAAAACAUAAAGGGAUGAUUUCAUGGCGUGAACCUGUUAUUCGUAUGAAUGGCCUUCCAUAUACGUGUACAAUGGGUGAUGUACAAAACUUUUUUAAAGAUAUUCCAAUAGCUCGAAAUGGUAUUUAUAUAACACGAGAUAUGACUGAUAAUGCUUUGGGUGGUGGAUAUGUGGCUUUUAUUAGUAUGGAUAAUGCCUAUAAAGCAAUGGAUAUCUAUGAUCAAGCACAUAUUCAACACAGGUAUAUACAAUUAUCUCCAUCGACAUAUGACGAAGCGAAAAAAACAAUUUUAAAUGAUGCCGUUUUAAAUGGAAAACGAUUCGCAGGUGAAAGUGACGAUGAAGAUAAUAAUAACAAUACUCAAAAUCGAACUAAUCGAAGCCCACGAAAUUCACGGCCAACGAGUCGCAUUCAUCGUGGUCUUCCGGCAAAGCAACCUCCUUCACAAUCGAUUACUUCUCGAUCAAGAUCUCGACAACGUCACGAUGGUUCUCGACGACGAAGUCGAAAACGAAGUCGAAGUCCAGUACGCCAUUCGUCACGUACAUCAAUCCAAAAUGGAGAAUAUCUUGUUAAAAUGCGUGGUAUGCCUUUUACUGUAGUUGAAAAGGAUAUUCGAGAGUUCUUUCCAUCAGCUAUUCAACCGGUGCAUAUCAAAAUUUUAUAUGAUCGUCGUACAAAUCGUCCAAAUGGUGAUGCUCAUAUCUAUUUCAAUACAAUGGAUCAAGUCAAUGAAGCUGUAAAAUGUGAUAGAAAAUAUAUGGGUAGUCGUUAUGUUGAAAUUUAUUUUGAAUCACGUCGUACUUUAUCAUCGAACCGUCGACGUAGUAAAAGCAAGGACAGUUCUCAUCAUUCAUCUCGUUCUUCAUCGAAAACAAGCAAUCAUGAUAAAAGUAGAUCCAGAAGUGAAUCACGAGAUAAAACGAAUUGA